GUUUUGAAUGAAUGACAGAAAUCUGUAAACAAAUACUCAAAACAAGUGAUCCAUUGAGUGAUCGGAUCACCACUUCUGAGAAGACUCUUAUUUAUCAACGAAUUGAUUGUUUGCCACAAAUUAUGAGAUAAAGACCGAUCGCUACCACAAGUAAUCCAUAAUCAUGUCAUCGUCGGUCACUUCUUCGCCGAUUAGAGUGGGAUCUGUUUACGGAAAGUCGGGAUUAGUGGCGACCGCGAAGUCCACUCUCAAUGAACAGACGGCUCGACUUCAGGGCAAACAUUCAUUGGAUGUGGAGCUCAUCGACGACUUGAAGGCUUUCAUCAAAACCAAGUGUAACAUCGAAAAGGAUUAUUGCAAUCAAAUGAUUAAAUUAGUCAACACUCAGUCCCACAAGAAGUAUCCGACCCUCGAGGCCGAGAACGACUCGCAAGUCAAAUCUCUGUACACCUCAUGGAAGACAUAUCUGGAGGAGACGGAUAAGUCAGCGAAGAACCGUUUGACACAAUUUGAACAAUUGGUACAAAUAUGCGAUCUUCUGAAGCAAAUUAAGACCAGAAAGUUGCAGAUCUCCAAGAAGUCCAUCGAUCAGCACUUGAAGAAAAUGCACGAAGAAGUGCUGACAUCGGUGUCAGAGAUCGACAAAACGCGUAAACUGUACUUCGAUGACGAGCAUAUGGCACGACAGGCCAGGGAUAAGGAGGAAAAGAUUAAGAAACAAAAGGGCGGUAUCUUCUCGUCGUUAGCGAAGUUGCAGACAAAGAAAGACAAGACUUCCGCACAAAGAGAGGCAUCCGAUAUACAGUCGACUCAAGCGCGAAACGACUAUUUAAUGGCAUUAGCCGCAGGAAAUGCUCAUUUGGAUCAUUAUUAUACUCUGGAUAUACCACAACUCACGCAUAGCAUCGAUGACGAUGUUCUCGACAAAUGCAGAGGAUUUAUGCUAUCAUUACUUGAAAGCGAAUUAAACGCCAUUCAAGUGACGAACCAGUCUUUAGACAGUGCUUACCGUUUGGUUGAAUCCACUUCUGCUGAUUUCACAAACAAAGCAUAUCUGUCUGAUCCACAGUCUGCGAGUUUGCGUGAACUUCUGUUAUAUGAGUUCGAUCGCUGCGAUAACGACACCAUAGAUGUGAUAUCCCUCGACCACAACGCAGACAUUGCCCUCAGAAAUGAGGUCCAGAAGUGGUUCACGUGGUUCUCGAAAGAGUGCCGUAAUUUGAAUAGACUUUCGGCACAACUUAUUAAAUGUCAGGCGCUGUUAGCCGAAGGACAUAAGACUGUUGAGGUGUCGGGUCAGAGCUCUCCCGUUGAUAUCGAGAACCGAAUCGACGAUAUUAAGCAACAGAUCCGCAAAUGCGAAAUCAGUAAACUAAAAGCUAAGGCAAGGCUUGAGAUCAUCAAAAAAGGCGGUAUUGAAAUGGAGGACUUUGAGAACUUUGAAUCCCAAAUAACUACUGAAAUAAAACAGCAGUCGUUAUCACUGGAUGUGGACAUUGGUAUUGGAGUUCCACUGAGCCGUACCCCUAGUCUUCGGAGCACUAAUAUAAGCACUUAUAGCGAUGGCGGACGCAUAUCAUCGCUCGACGGAAAUCGUUCCGAUGACCGGGAAACAGACACCGAUCACUACCAGACACCGGAACCGGACCUGAAUUCUGGCCGAUCGGGUCGUCCGGAAUCGUCGAGUUCUGAACAAUUAGAAUCACCGGAACAUAAACACAGCACUUCCUCCUACGAUACUCAACCCAAAUACAGCACUUCAUCGUUCGACGCGCAACAGUCCCAGGGUUGGGCCGAUUACGACCCCACCCAACCCGCCUGGGAGGACGAGACGGCGGCUCCGGUCGAUGAGACGGCAGCCACUGAAGGUUAUGAAGCUGCCCCUGAAACCAGUUAUACACCACUCGAAGGGACUUUACUUGUGGGCAAAAUAUGCCAGACAUUAUAUCCAUACGAAUCCCAAAAUCAGGAUGACUUGAGUUUUCUUGAGAACGAGAAUCUGACAGUUUUGGAAGCCCUGGACCAGGAUUGGGUGAAAGCACAGAACGAUAGAUAUAUGAUUGGUUACGUUCCGGCGGCUUAUUUGAUGCCCAUUGGAGAUGCUCCUCAGGACGCCAUACCAACUGAAGAACCCAAUACUGACAACGGGAUUGUGAACGACAUUCCAAUCACAGCUGAGCUUCAAUUGUCAAGCGAAGGCGCCCACAGGGCUCAGUCGGCCGACAGCUUUGUCAGAGCUAUCUAUGGAUAUACCGCCACUUCCGAGGAAGAGAUGUCUUUCAGCGAAGGCGAUAUAUUGAAACUGUUGAACAAAUCAGACGACGGCUGGUGGACAGCAGAAAAGGACGGAGUGGUCGGACACUUCCCAUCGAUGCUCGUCGAAGAGCUCUCCGAUGAUCGAGAUUCUGGAGCUUUUGCUGAAUCAAUUAGCGGCGAAUCGGAAGCCGAGUCGAUUGAGUCGCCGACCACACCGGUAGCUCCGCCGCCAUCAUUCGCACCGCCAAAGCCUAUUCAUCUGACACCACAUCAAGUGGUGAUCAUUCAGCCGACGCCUGAGAUCGAGUCGAAGCCAUCGCUUGGAGACGAUGACGAAGGGGUUGACAACAAUCGAGACGUGACUGAAGAGAUUCCAGAGGAGGAGACUAUUCCAGAAGCAGUCGUAGAGAUUGUAGUGAAUCCGGAGUUUACAUUAGAUAAACCCAUUCCAAAGCCCUCAUCUGAAGAGAAUUCAGAAACGACCAACGAAGACAAUGUCAAAGAUGAGAAUAAUUCCGAUGAAAGCUCGGACCAGAAUUCGAUCGUAACAGCGGUUGGGGUAACCAUUAGUGUGGAUAUGGAUGCCGAGGAGAUUGAGGCGACUGCCAGAGAGAUAUCGGAAGCAAUAACACUGGAAGCAAUACAAACGGCCAAUCAAUACAAUCAGGAAAACUAUGUCCAAAACGGUAAUAAUGGUAACUAUAGUACCGGUAAUAAUAAUGAUGUGAAUCAUCAAAACUAUUCUAAUGAAGACUCCGAUUACGAAGACAUCAAAUGAACGGAGAAAUCUAAUCUCAUUGAUAACUGAUAUGUUUUAUUUAUUUUUUAUUUAUACCCUAUUGUUAUCUCUUAUAUUUUCAAUGUUGACU